AUGGACACGUUUAUGCUUCGAGACGAAGCCGCCAAGGAGCGCAUUCGCUUGGCCGAAGAGUUCCUGGAUCCUCAUGAUCAGCAUGCACGAAGCUACCGCCCCGACAUCAUAUUGAUGCUGCAGAAGAACCAGAGGAGGUUAGUGGUCAACAUCGACCAUGUGCGCGACCACAACCCGGAGCUGGCAGAAGGCCUGCUGUUCGAGCCCUUCGACUACACGCUGGCCUUCAACCACGCCCUGAAGGAGAUUGUCAAGACCGAGCCUGCCGCACGCAAGGACCAGACCGACCCAGAUGUCCUGUACUACUGCGCCUGGGCCGGCAGCUUCGGCCUCAACGCCUGCAACCCGCGCACCCUGGGCUCGCACCACCUCAACCACAUGGUCUCCAUCGAGGGCAUCGUCACCAGAUGCUCCCUGAUCAGGCCCAAGGUCGUCAAGAGUGUGCACUACAACGAGACAAAGAACAUAUUUCACUUCCGCGAGUACCGCGACCAGACCAUGACCAAUGGUGUCACCACCUCCAGCGUCUAUCCCCAAACCGACGACGAGGGGAACCCCAUCAUUACUGAGUACGGUUUCUGUACCUACAGGGACCACCAGACCGUCUCCAUCCAGGAGAUGCCCGAGCGAGCUCCCGCUGGCCAGCUGCCCCGCGGUGUCGAUGUCAUUCUAGACGACGAUCUCGUCGACAAGGUCAAGCCUGGUGACAGAAUACAAAUGGUCGGUAUCUUCAGAACCCUCGGUAACCGCAACACGAACCACAACAGUGCUCUUUUCAAGACGGUUGUGCUGGCCAACAACGUGGUUCUUCUCUCGUCCAAAGCCGGCGGUGGUGUAGCCGCGGCAACCAUCACCGACACAGACAUUCGAAAUAUCAACAAGAUUGCAAAGAAGAAGAACCUGUUCGAGCUGCUGUCCCAGUCUCUAGCCCCGAGUAUCUUCGGUCAUGACUAUAUCAAGAAGGCCAUCCUUCUCAUGCUCCUAGGUGGCAUGGAGAAGAACUUGGAAAACGGUACACACUUGAGAGGAGAUAUCAACAUUCUCAUGGUUGGUGAUCCCUCAACAGCCAAAUCCCAACUCCUUCGUUUCGUGCUGAACACGGCACCACUGGCCAUUGCCACAACCGGACGCGGUUCUUCCGGCGUCGGUCUGACGGCGGCCGUCACAUCAGACAAGGAGACCGGCGAGAGGAGGCUGGAGGCCGGUGCCAUGGUCAUGGCUGAUCGCGGCGUGGUGUGUAUCGACGAGUUCGACAAGAUGUCAGACAUUGACCGAGUCGCGAUUCACGAAGUCAUGGAGCAGCAGACCGUCACUAUUGCCAAGGCGGGUAUCCAUACCUCCCUCAACGCUCGUUGCAGUGUUAUUGCGGCUGCGAACCCCAUCUUUGGCCAGUACGACACACAUAAAGACCCCCACAAGAACAUCGCACUUCCCGACUCUUUGCUGUCCCGUUUCGAUCUUCUCUUUGUUGUCACGGACGACAUCGAGGAUACGAGAGACCGGCAGGUCUCGGAGCACGUACUUCGCAUGCAUCGCUACCGGCAACCCGGCACUGAUGAGGGUGCUCCAGUCCGUGAGAAUGCUUCUCAGGCGCUCGGUGUCUCGCUGCAGAGUCAGAAUGAUACACAAAGGCCCACCGAAGUCUACGAGAAGUACGAUGCCAUGCUGCACUCUGGUGUCACUCUCACAACGGGCCGUGGUGCGAACAAGCGCCACGAGGUCCUCAGCAUCCCUUUCAUGAAGAAGUAUAUCCAGUAUGCCAAGAACCGUGUCAAGCCGGUUCUGACGCAAGAGUCGUCGGACAGGAUCGCCGAUAUCUACGUUGGUCUGCGAAACGACGAGAUGGAGGGAAACCAGCGAAGAACAUCGCCCCUGACCGUCCGUACCCUGGAAACCAUCAUUCGUCUGGCUACGGCGCACGCCAAGGCCCGUCUCUCGAAUCGGGUUGAGGAGCGGGACACGACCGCGGCGGAAGCCAUUCUGCGCUUUGCUUUGUUCAAGGAGCUUGUCGAGGACGAGUCCAAGAGGAAGCGAAGGCGGACAAAGGCCGUUGAGUCUGAUUCUUCGAGCGAGGAAAGCGAGGAUGACGAUGACGACGACGGUACUCACAGAGCUUCUACCAACCGUACCAGCGCGGCUCGCUCCGCUCGUGCGGCUGCCCGAGGCCAGGCCAGUAGCAAUCGUACUGAUGCCGCCGCUGCUGCAGCCAGUGGCACAAAUGGCCCAAGUUCGCCCGCUGCAGCGGAGCACGACGACGAUGAUCUAUAUGACGCCACACCUCGCCGUAACCGCAAUGUCCCUAGCAGAUCUAGCACAGCUGGCCCAGCACAGUCGCAGGCCACAUCGUUUGCCUCUUCGUUACCAGCGUCGCAGCUACAAUCACAAGAGGAAACGCAGGAAGAUGCCGAGCUAGCUUCCGGCGCUGCGGGUCUGAACAUUGACGCGCCGAUCACGGCUGAGCGUCUGACGACGUUCCGGACAGCCCUCGGACAACUCCUUAACACUGGCCUGUUCGAGGACGAUUCUGCGGAUGUCAACGCCGUCAUUGAGGCUGUCAACGGCCGCGUUGGCAACAGAAACGGCGGAGCCUUCAGCCACGACGAAGCAGUCAAGGCUCUCAAGAAGAUGGAUACGGCGAACCAGAUUAUGUAUACGGACGGCGACCUGGUUUACAAGAUUUAA